CUUCUUGUGUUUCAAUCAGCAACAUGCCGGCACUGAACUGCUCUCUUGCUGCUCUUUUCACAACUGGAGCCAAAGUUUUCAAUGACGUAGGCUGCCCCGAGGCUGCUGUGGUGUGUGGGAUGAAUAUCUCCUGGGUGUUGGCUAAUGCUACUGCACAAGAUCUGGAUGACAUGUGCUUGAGUGAGGAUGAGUACAUGGCCAGGCACCUGGGGCCUCAGAGGUCUUCGGUGUUCCUUCCUGUCUGUGUCACCUACCUCAUCAUCUUCUUGGUGGGCGUACUGGGCAAUUCCCUGACCUGUGCAGUCAUUUUGCGCUACAGGGUGAUGCAGACACCCACUAACUACUAUUUGCUGAGUCUGGCAGUAUCUGACCUGCUGGUGCUGCUGCUUGGCAUGCCAUUAGAGCUCUACGAGAUGUGGCAGAAUUACCCCUUCCUACUUGGGGAGGGAGGCUGCUACUUCAAAACAUUCUUGUUUGAGACUGUCUGCUUUGCCUCGAUCCUCAACGUCACGGCGCUCAGUGUGGAGCGGUAUAUGGCAGUGGUGCACCCCUUGAAAGUCAAACACAUGGCCACACGCGCUCACGUCAAGAGGGUCAUCUUUAUGCUGUGGGUGCUGUCCAUGCUGUGUGCCGUGCCAAACACCAGUCUGCAUGGGAUUGAGGUCUUGCCUCCAUGGUUUGGACGCCAGUUUCCCCGAUCUGCUAUCUGCAAUGUGGUCAAGCCCACCUGGAUAUACAACCUGAUCAUCCUGAUUUCCACAGUGGUCUUCUUCCUGCUCCCCAUGCUGAUAAUCAGUAUUCUCUACCUGCUCAUUGGCUUGCAGCUGCACAGGAAGAAGGUGAUGACUGUGGUGGACACUGGGAGUAACUUUGGACCAGAAAGUCUUUCCACGUCCGAUAAGCAGAAGCUUAGUAAACGCAAUCUGCAAGUCACCAAAAUGCUAUGUGUGCUGGUGGUUGUGUUUGGCCUUUGCUGGGCUCCCUUCCACGUGGACCGCUUGACAUGGAGCUACAUUGACACCUCACAUGAACAACAUCUCAAGGUGUUUGAGCAUGUCCACAUUGUCUCUGGAGUCUGCUUCUACCUGAGCUCUGCCAUCAACCCCAUCCUCUACAAUCUCAUGUCCACAAGGUUCAGAGAAAUGUUCAGUCAUGUUACCUGUUAUUCUAACAACCAGUCUUCACGUUCCAGCUUUCGGAUGACCCAACGCACCUCCUUGAGUGAGAAAACAUCCAACAGUGCAAAAUAGGCCGAGUCUCUUGUAAGCCAGUCUGGGUCAAAGGAAGUCCAAGAACAUUAUACACAGUAACAAAUUAAAGGAAACAUUGAAUAGAUUAGUUUAGAAACACAGCUAAUUCAGGGAAUGAGGGGUCGCUGAAUGGUUCAGUGAGCCUGGAAAUUAUGUGUCGUAUUCCAUGGCCAUGCAGUCAACAGAACUUAUCACAAAUGGACAUGUAUGGGAGAUUGUGGAGUGGCCAUUACCAUCAUCAACAUACCAAAUGACUGAAUAUCUUUUAGAGACUGAAGAAUCCAUACCAAGAGGCCUUGAAACUGUUCUGGCCCAAUAUCUUACAAUGACAUUCAUAUUGUUUUUUCCUUUAACUUGUUGGCUAUCCAUACACAUAAAGAGCUCAUAGGCUUUCCAAUGGGGAGGCCCUCUCUCAGAAGAGAACCCCUGUAAGAGGUAAGGGGUCCUCUGAUGAAGCAACCUGACAUUACCUGAGUGAACAGAACCAAGGUACUUGACAAAAUCUAAGAGACAUGUUUAAGAAAUAAUAAUAAUAAUAAGCAUACUUGCAUGCUGCAGAGGCUUCUUUCAUGUCUGGACGUCCUCUAGAAAUAUCUACAAAAACUCAAAUCCCAUUUAAAGAGAGGACCAACAAUCUUUCUGAGGCACAUGUUUGGAUGAACAAUGACAUUAUCAUUUAAAUAACACAACAACAUUUUCAUGCAUGGGAAAAGUGACCCAUCACCUUGUCUGCUAAGCAAAUUUAUUUAUUGUAUAUACUGUACGUGCAUUGUAUAACAAAGAAUGAAUGCACAAUGGCUGCAAGUACAUUUGUCUGGGAAUGAAUCAGGGAUGAAAAUGAAGGUCAUUUUAGUGAAGCAGGAAAAUAGGGACAAGAUGGUAAGUUUGUAUGAAAGUAGCUGCGAUAUAAUUGUAUCAUUUGGCAACUUUAAGGAACACUGUAUUGUGUGAUUACUUAUACAAUGAACAACAGUAGUAAUUCUGCAUUGUAUUAAAAGCUUCAUUAACUAAAUAUACAUCAGAAUUUUGGAAAUUAAUUUUAAUUUCCUGAUAGUAA